UUUACUAUUUCACUCUUCUCUAACCCUAUCUUCUCUUACACUACAUUUAUUAUGUGGUUCACUCGUACCCUAAUUCCUCAAUUCCUAUCACUUACACUUUCAUUCCUGAAGGGCCGGAACCUCACUUUAUCGCUCAUGACCGCGCCGCCCCCAGAACUCACCCUAUUGCUUGCGAACGUGCGCCUCCUGUACUCUUGACCGUGAGCCCUCUGGAGAUCGGGGAAGGAAAACAACGCUAACCAGGUAGAAGUAGACAUUGAGGUAGAGUCAACCGAGUCCUUCCCCAUCUCAGAAGAAAUCAGAAUCAAAGCACAGAGUUUAAGGGAACAAGAACGUAAAAGGAAAGAGCAGGAAGAGAAAAAGAUUGGAGAGAGAAAGGGAGAAGGCUCAAUGUUCUAUCUCAGUCAAAUUGAACACAAAUUGCCCCUGCCUCCUCCUCGUCUUGUUCUUCCCAUUCGAGAAGCCAUUCACAUGGAGCUUGAAAAACUUUUCUUAGAUAAGGUUAUAGCAAACUUGGGCCUUUGCAUCUCUGUCUAUGAUAUCAGAUCAAUUGACGGUGGGUUUAUCUUCCCAGGUGAUGGGGCUCCAACCUAUACGGUUGUAUUCAAUUUAAUUAUGUUUCGUCCAUUUGUGGGGGAGAUUAUCACUGCAAAGCUUAUUUCAUCUGAUUCUAAUGGCUUACAAUUAAGUCUUGGAUUCUUUGAUGACAUUUAUGUCCCUGCACAUCAUAUGCCCUACCCAAACCACUUUGUUGAGGAUGAACAAGGGAAAAGGAAAGGAGUAUGGUUUUGGGAUUUUAACGAACAAGAAUAUCCUAUUCAAGAAACUGACGUGAUCAAAUUCCGAGUUCAAAAUGUGAGUUAUCCACAAAUUCCGGUUGAGCAACCAAAAGAAUCAAAGCCAUUUGCACCUAUGUUGGUUACUGGAUCGUUGGAUCAUGAUGGUCUGGGUCCUGUUUCUUGGUGGUGUGCAGAAGAGAUUGAGGUUGAUGAUGAGUGAAGAGCAAGGAACAAUCACAGGAGAAGUAAAAGCUUGACACAACAAAGAAGAAUCACAUUUUAGCCAGACACGCCUAUACCCAACACCCCAAGAAAGCUCAAUGGCUAGAAUGACUUCCGUGAUUUCAGCAUAUAAGGAAUUGUGAACACCCAAAAAGAAGUGUAGCUCCCAUUAUACUCACCACAGCUACCCCUAAAGAUACCACCAUAAGCCGCAUACCCUUGGCAACCUUCAAAAUAGAAAAGUGAGUCAUAUCAUUAUUCAUGUAAUUCUUAUAAGCAGUACGUGACAGUCUGAUGUAGCCUUUGAUAGUGUGAAUGACAGUGUCUAAACUUAUACAUUGUUGAAAUCUAGCGUAGUUUCUCACCUUCCAAAUCAUCCACAAGGAAUAAGUAGCAGCAGCUAUACCAGAAAAUUUCCUGCAGCCAAUACUAAAUGUAUACAUCAAUAGUACAUUCAAAAAAUAAGCGAGAAAUGAUUUCCUCUUGCUGUCUACACAAGAAACACACAGAACACAAAUACAGUCCCCUAAGCUGGACAUCGUUUUCAGGUGGUAACCUAAGAUGAAGCAGCUUCCAAAGGACGUAAGAUUUAGCCGGAGGGAUGGUAUCAGACCAUAUCAAAUUCCCCCAAUCACAAGAACCAUGAGAAGUGGAAAAAAACUCCUAGCCACCUUCUGACUGAGCAUACCGGAAUCAUCCAAAAUCCAAUUAGGAAUAUUAAGAGCAUCUGUGGCAACAAUUUUCUGCAAAGCCUCCAAACCAGGAAUACUGCAUAAAGGAGAAGAGACCAACAAGAGCCACUCCAAACUUGAGAAACCUUAGCACAGAGUUGAAGUCUCUCUUCAUAGGAAACACCAGAAAGCAAAGAAAACACCUCCUGGAAUACCAUUGGUCAUUGCAAAUAUUUAUCUGAUUACCUUCACCUACAGUCCAAUAAGUGUUUUCCAGAACAGUGUGAUACCAAUUAUUAAUACCAGGUCAAAUCGAAGAGGAUUUAUAUAAAGCAAUUUUUGGGUAUUUGGACUUUGAGAACCUUGAUCUCAUUAGAAAAAUCCAAGGCAUAGAGAUAUAAGCAAAAUACAAGCCAACUGUAGAAGAUAACCUUUAUUCUCCACAAUUGCUGCCCCCGUUCAUAUAUGCUGGCAAGAGAGCUGAUUCCAAUUAACAAUGACAAGACCAUGCUUACUAACAUCAGCAGUCCAUAUAAAAUUUUAACCAUUUAUCCACCUCUUUUAGCAAGUUAGCUGGUCAUUUAUAAACUUGAAAACUAUAGGAAAGAAAGCCAGUAAUGAUAGAGUUUACCAGCUGAAUUCUGUCCAUCAUACUCAAAGUUUUCCCUUUUCAAGAGGUAAGCUUGAGCCUAACUUUAUUAGCAAGAGGUUGAAGGAAGUGAGAUUUAGGAGCCCCCACAAAAGUAGGCACCCAUAAAUAGUUAAAUGGUAUAAAACCUCUAUUGCAGCCAAGAAUACACUUAACUCCUAUUAAAGGCAGAAGAAUCAUCAGCAAGAAAGUAAAGACUCUUAGUGAAAUUCAUCAUUGGCCUGAGGCUGAGAGUAGUUUCAUGAGGUUAGUCAGGGUACUCUUAUUAGCUCUGCAGAAAACAAAGAUGUCAUCAGCAUAAAGAACAUGAGAAGGAAAAGAAAUUAUUUUAGGACCAACCAUAGGGCGCAUGUUCUGAGAACUGAUAAAUUGAGAAAUCCCUCUACUCAAAACUUCUUCAGCAAUACAAAACAUAAGGGAGAGAGGGUCCCCUGACCAACCCCACAACUGCAAGAAAAGUGACCAACAAGAUUAUGAUUAAUCCUAAUUGAAAGAAGAACAGACUGAUGAAUCUGUAUAAUCCAUGGAUUGAAAUUUUGAUGAAAACCAAACCGCUGAACCACAGUGUCAAAGGUUUUCUUGAUGUCAGUUUUAUAACAUACAUCUUUCUUAUCUCUUCACUAGAACGGCAACUGGUAGAUAAUUAUUUUCAUCUUCAAUAAUGAGCAGAAAUCAGAUUAAACAUGGAAUCAUUGCGAAGGGGACUAUGCUAGAAGCAGUAUUUAAAUCCUUGUAAAAAGAUAAAACGUGACAUUAAAGCAGUUUAAAAGAUUUUAUUUA